AUGUCCCACAAUAAUGAUCGUCCCCCAUUCGAACCCACCGUACUCCCGUUCCAUCCGCUCUUCAACCGCCUCCUCCGCUUCGCCCACGAACAACCACCACGGCUCUGUAUUCACGACCUCAAUGCGAAUGUCUCCGCAACCCAUUCCCAACUGCUAACGGACGUGCUCGUCUUCCGGCAACGCAUCUGGGACAGUCUAGGCGAAGAGGCCAGGAGACUUCUGCGGCAGCGAGAUGAAGUAUACGUCGCCGUCUUAGCCGCCGGGGGCUAUGAAUUCGCCGUGGCGAUCCUGGCGGCGCUGGCGUUGGGGGCGGCAGUGGUGCCCAUGACGGUGCUGCUGCCGCCGAAGGAGGCGUUGUAUUUCGCGAGGAAAUCCCGCGCGGUCGCCGUGUUGGUGUCGGAUGCGGCGUUGAGGCUGGGAUUGGAGGUGGAGAAGCUGGUCAAGAACGAGGAUCCGCGGAGUGCGUUUGGCUGUGUGCCGGUCCGGCCGGCGAUAGGGACGGAACCGCUGAGUCCGGGCGGGAUCACGACUUCGAGGACGAUGUUCUUGGAUGAUCGUGCGCCCGGGGUGGUGAUCUUCACGUCGGGAACGACGGGUCCGCCAAAGGGAGCGGUCAUGCCGCUGAGCUUCGUACACGACGAAGCCAUGGCCGUCGUCGACCACUACCGCGUGACGCGAAACGAUGUCCUCCUGCAUCUCCUCCCCGUCCACCACGCGACAGGGAUCGGGAUGAUGUUCUUCCCCUUCCUGAUCGGCGGCGCACUACAAGAAUUCAAAAGCGGGAAUUUCGAUCCCGCAUGGACCUGGGAACGGUGGAAACGAGGCGCACCGCAUCCCCAGGAACUGUUCUUCUCGGGCGUGCCGACCAUCUACAUGCGGAUGAUGCGGCAUUACCAACAGAGCAUCGCCCCGCGAGCCGACGCUGCGGACUACCUCCGGGGCGCACGUGCGAUUCGAGUGUGCAUCUGCGGGACGUCCGCACUGCCUGCGCCGAUCGCGGAUUUCUGGUCGGAUCUCCUGGGCCAGAAGAUCCUGUCGCGCUUCGGCAUGACCGAGGUCGGCGCCGUGAUCAAGAUGCGGCUCGGGGACCAGGGUGUGCCGGACGGCUCGAUCGGGAAAGUCGCGCCGGGGUGCGAUGUGAUCCUCUCCGAGGGCGAAGAGGGCGAGAUCCUCGCGAGGUCGCCGGGGAUGAUGAGCAAGUUCCUCUACGACCCCGAGGCGACGGCGGCGGCUCUCACCGCGGACGGACGAUACCGGACGGGCGACAUCGCGCGGCGGGAGGGAGGAUAUUAUUUCAUCCUCGGCCGGGCGAGUGUGGAUAUCAUCAAGAGUGGGGGGUAUAAGAUCAGCUCGCUGGACAUCGAACGGGAGAUUCUCGGGCUGGAGUACGUGGGCGAAGUGAUGGUGGUCGGCGUGCCCGACGAAGAGUACGGCGAGCGCGUGGCGGCACUGAUCAGGCUGAGGGGAGAGCCAGGCGUUGUAACCUCGGACGGGAAGAACCCCCUGCUCCCAGAUCGACCAGAUCUCAGUCGCUUGCGAGGUGACCUCAAGACGAGACUGGCGGGUUACAAGAUGCCGACGGUCUUGCGCGUGAUCACUGACGAGAUACCAAAGUCGGGAACGGGAAAGGUCGAGAAGAAGACGCUCGGUCCGCGAUUCUUCCCUCCCGGGGUGUAUCAUGGGAUGCCCGAGAUAGAAGUCUGGAGGCGAAAUUUAAUGUCCAAGAUAUGA